UUUGUCAGUGUCGGGUGGAGUCAGCGUCCCGUCGCAUCUCUGCGGGGAAGGAAAGGAAGGAGUAGAAUUUUUUUACUAGUUUUUCAUUGUCUAUUUCUUCACGGCAAAAGCGCCGAUAUCCUCCAUAAAGAUGACAACGACAACCAACUUCCAAGGAGUGGAACCUGGCGCAAAAAGCAGUUCUAGGGUACUACGACCGCCAGGCGGAGACUCCAGUUUCAGCUUUGGCACAGAUGACAAUACAACACCCCAGCGCAAGAACAAGAUGGCCUCCAGCAUCUUUGCAGAACCUGAUGACCCCCAUGCUCAUCGGAGGAACAACCCACCCACUGGGGAAGCCGCAGGGACCCUGUGCGGAGAGCCAUCUGCCCCACUAAGGAGGUGCCAGCAGCCUCUUCUCUUCCCCAAGAACCCCCAACCGGAACUGACCACCAUCCACAAUUCUGGGGCAGCCUUGGUCUGGAACCAGAGACGAGACGAGGAGAAUGGCCAAGAACCAGCAAACGAUGAUUAUCCUGACAAUCAGGAAGAGGAGCAUGACGAUCAAGUCCACGACACGUCACAGUCCUCUGCCCCAUCGGGAGGUGCCAAUGCUGCCUCGGGCGGCCGAAGAAACCCACCCGGUGGCAAGUCCAGCCUCAUCCUGGGUUGAGACCACUCCAUUUUUUUUUCUUUUGUUUUUUCAUUCGAACGCUUUUUUUUAUUUUUAAAAAAAAAGAAAUGCCCUCUCUUCCUCCUCAUCCACCUGUCACCUUCUUCCCUAUGUAUUUCACAUGCACUCAUGCUGUCACGUCCAUGGAACCUCUCCCUCCACCCUCAAACCUUUUGUUUUGAUCCUUUUUUCUAUUAAAAUAAGAAAACUGUUGACAAAAGCACUUUAUGUAUCGCUCCUCCCCACCCCACCCCUCCCACCCUGCCUCGCAUUUCAGCCCAUCCUGUAGUGCAUCGCGCCUGCUGGGAAAGGCAUGACGUUUAGCUUGUCUCUCAUUCUUCCCUGUUGUAAAUGGUAAAGGAAAAAAUAAUAAAGAUUUGAUGCGUGAAUUUCUAAAUACAAUAAAGAU